UUCUCCUGCAGGUGUGAGGGCCAUCCGCCUGGCCCCUUUUCAUGCGGGCCUCUCUUUCCUGUCCGUCUGCAGCCGCCCAUUCAGCUUCAAUCGCAGCACCAGCCGGACGCCGCCGGCCCACCGGUGGGGAAGGGAAGCGCCUCCACGCACGCCUCGGGCGACAUGGGAGGAACGGCUGAGGGGGAGGAAAAAGGGUCUUCCUCCUCUGCAUCUCCUUCUGCUUUCAUCGCAAACAACUUGCUUUCUGUUUGUGACGCUGCUGUCCCUCUCCUCUUCCCCCAACCUUUCUUUUCUCCCUACUCAGAUGGGCUUUACAAGGACCGAGGGGAUAUAUCGGAGGGGGGGGGGGCUACAGGGCAAGGAGAGGACGGCCAGACCCGCUGCGUGACGGGCCAGAGGAGAGCGUGACUCUGCAGACGAUGAACGUGCUGUCAAACGCCGCUGCAAGGGCCCAGGAGCCGUCUCUACCUCUCUGCGGCGCCGGCUCGGUGCACGACCUACCCCACUGCCCCCCGGGGUUCGGUUUAAACUCCCGUCUAAAUGCCGCGCCGCUCCUCGGCCUGCAGAGCAGCCCCAGAGCGGCCAAACCCCAGAAGGAGCUGAGUCCCGAGGAGCAGCAGGAGUUGAGACGCAAGAUCAACAGCAGGGAGCGGAAGAGGAUGCAGGACUUGAACAUUGCCAUGGACGCCCUGAGGGAAGUCAUGGUGCCUUACGCUUCCUCUUCUUCUUCUCCCGCUCAGUCCCACGCGGCCGGAGCUCCUCCGGGCCGGAGGCUUUCCAAAAUCUCUACCCUGGUCCUGGCCAGGAACUACAUCCUCCUCCUGGGUUCAUCUCUGCAGGAGAUGCGGCGGCUGCUGGGGGAGGUAAGCAUCGGGAUGGGGGUGAGCGCCGGGCCGGUGCCCCGGCUGCUGUUUGCCGGUGGGUGGCCCCUCAUUGCCGGGCCCGGGCAGCUCCUCCUCACCCAUGAAUCCCUCAUCUCCUCGGCCGCCUCAUCUUCUUCCUCCUCUUCUGCCGCUUCACCAUCCUCCACGGCAGCGAAAUGUGCCCUGGUUCCUUCAGGCCCCAUGGAGGCCUCCAUGACCCCAGUGCAGUGGAGCUCUGUGGGGGCCACGGGUGUGCCCCCCUGCCCCUGUGGAGUCUGCAGGCUGCCCAGAUUCAACCACUCCAAACCUGCUCCCAGAUUCCCAAAGUGAAGCUCAGACUGAAGGGUUUAUGAAGACGGGACCUUCUGAUUGUAACACUUACGGAAGCUUUUUAUAGGAAUUAGUAUUUUUCUAACAUUUU